CAGAUCCAAAAUGGUGAAUUCAUAAAAUGUCAGUGUUUGAAACGCUGCAUUUCCUACUAUCUUUUAAUUGACCGUCUUAUUGCUUUAUAAACAAUUAUAUACAUUCAGAGUCGUUGUAUACAGUCUAUGAUAGUCUGAACUACAAAAACUGCUGACCUCCACCGGAUCUUCCCGGCCUGUUGACGGAAAAGCACCAGGGAUGUCUGCCGGAAUUGCCGAAUGUAAUCCGACCCCACAACCGCAAGCAUCUACCAACGAACAUGGUAGAACCAUUUUGAGCUGUUCAUUCUAUGGCUGCAAGCAGAACUUCUCAAACAUACAGCAGUUAUCCACCCACAUAGAGAGCCACCAGAUCCCCACACAGUCCCUUCCAGGGAAGGCAUUUCAUUGCUCAGCACUGGGCUGCAAUGGCACCUUUCCCAGCAUGCAACACUUGAUGGAGCACAUGAGGCACCACUACAAGCCAAACCAUUAUUUCCUGUGUGAGAGCUGCAGGGCCAAACUCCGGUCUUACCGCGCACUCUUCAAACACCUUCACACUUGCGCCAAGGUGGCGAAGAGCAAGGCCGCCAGGGAGGAAAUGACCUCGCCGGGCGCCACGGCUAUGACAGAAGUGCCUGAGUCCGCACCAUAUGACGGCACGGCUCCCGGGGGUCUUCCCGCCGAUGCCCAGACCCCCAUAAAGGAGGAACCAAUGGAGCUAGAGCCCGUCCCAACCACUGCAGAGUCCGUCCCCGCCACGCCCCUCGCCUGCCUCCAGGCUACGGUCAACAGCCUUCCCCCCGAAACCCCGCAGGCCCUGCCCACCUCCCCUUCCUCUCCCCCGGCCCCAGCCGCCGCUCCUGCUCCGCCCCCAGGCUCGUUCUCUCUCUCUGAGCCCACAACGUUCCCCGCUGAGCCGCUGCAGCCCGGACCGCCCCCCGGGUCCUUCAUCCCGUCCACCACACCCUCCUCCUCCUCCUCCUCCUCUCCACUGCCUUACCCUCCCCCCGUCUCCUCCACUUCUCCUCCCGCUCCCCCCGGGCAGCGCCCAGGCCGACCCGUCGCCCCCGCCUCCCCAGCACCGCCCACCCCGCCAGGCUCGAACGCCGUGUGGAAGAAGAACCAAGACACGCCCGGGCCCCUAUUGCUCAGAAGGAACAGUCAUCCCAGCAGUCAGAGUAUAAGUGCAGGUGAAGCCCAGGGCAGUCUUUCAGCAGCCGCAUCCUCUGGGAGCACACCAGGGGGCGCUACAGUUGCCUCCAGUGCGGCCACUCCACCCCUACUCGGCAGGAGAUGACCGCCCACAUUGAGGGCCAACACAGGAGCCCGGCUGGGCGGGCUCAGACCGACAUGGAUAACAGGGGCUCCCCUCCAUUCCAACCAAAGAUAUCAUCGGACACAGAGACUGCCGUCUAUACCCAGCUGUGAUUGAAUUUGUCUACUGCACAUCAUUUUAAUCUGACCUACAGUAAAAUGCGCCUAGGAAGGUAGACUGGCUAAUAGAAUGGCGAUAUUAUGCAUUUAAUAACCCUUAGAUCACUUAGAAGAAAUUAUUUGCAUUAGUUUAUCAUGCGAUCAACUCAUAAAUGUCUCUGCUGUGUAUUUAUAAGCUUGUACUUUACAUUACAGGCAUUAGCAAGUGCUGUUUUUCCUAGUUACUUGCAUUUUUUAUUUUUUUUAUUUUUAUGAAAUGCUGUCCACUUAAUACAGCUGGCUAUACAUUUAGUGACAACUUUAUUAGGUAGACCUGUACACCAGCUUGUUAAUACGAUGAUCUAAUCCACUGAUCAUGUGGCAGCAACCCAAUGCAUGCAAACAUGGCCAAGAGAUCCACUUGUUGUUCAGACCAAACAUCAGAAUGGGGAAGAAAUGUAAUCUAAGUGGUUUUCCCCAUGUAAUGAUCGUUUGUACCAGACAGGGUGCUUUUAGUAUCUCAGAAACUGCUGAUCUGCUGGGAACUGUGGAGUUUACAAGGAAUAGUGCGAAAAACAACAUCCGGUGAGCAGCAGCUUUGUGGGGAAAAAACACCUUGUUAAUGAGAGAGGUCAGAGCAAAAUAGGCAGUCUAUUAAAUAACCACACGUAACCACAGAAGAAUAAUUCCAAGAAUAAGUAUAAAAAUACCUAAUAAAAGUGGUCACUGAGUGUAUACUGAAUCAAUUCAGGUUUAGUACCUUACUCUAGGGUACAAUGGCAGAGCCUUCAAUGGAGUCUUAAAGUCGAACCAUGUAACCUUCAGGUUACAAUCCCAGUUGUACUCCUUAUAUCCAUCCAACUGGACAUAUUUUUAAUAUUUGAAGUCUCCACUGCGUAUAUUUAAGACGUUUGAUGCCCCUGUUGAACACAGUGGAGCAGUGCCCUAUGAUAUUGCUGGCCCUGGCUCCGAAGUCUCUUUUUGAAGUGGCAGUUUACUUCUCAGUAUUCAGGGGUCUUGAAAUUUGGUACGUUUUGAGGGUGAAAAACAAGAAACGAGUAGCCUACCUCGAAAGUAGCUUGUACUGCUGUCAGAAAUCAGAAAUUUCUCAUCGCAUUCAAAAAAAAUAAAAAACCCAUUGGGGCACUCAAUAAAACCUCAAUAAUAUAUGUUUUUACCUCCAUAAAAUUUACAAUUUCUUUAAUUUAGCUUACAUGUUUAAGUACGUGAACCGUGAGACACCACAAUCUCACCCUCACACAAGCAAAGUUGUGUAUCGUUUUGGGGCGGCCUGUAGCGUAGUGGUUAAGGUAAAUGACUGGGACACGCAAGAUCGGGGGAUCGUCUCCUGCUUAGUCUAAUCAACUGUAUGUCGGUCUGGAUAAGAGCAUCUGCCAAAUGCCAAUAAUGUAAUGUAAUGUUUCAACUCAUUUUCAUAUUGAAUUCCAAGUGUUUAUGGUGAAUGUUUAGUUCAUUUGAAGGUGUGUUGGCUAAUGGAAGAUCAUAAGGGAUUUUACAAAUUACUGUUGUGUACUUCUGCUAGUGUUAGUAUUAACAUUAAUCGCUGAUAUGUAUCACUGUGAAGUAUCAAAGAUAAUCUAAAGGAAAUUGUUGAUUGAUCUUUGGGAUGCCUCUUCCUGUAAUGAUUGCUGGCGCCUCUAUGUGUGCAACACCUACAGUCAAUAAACUCAGAAAAAAAGACAAUAAGAGCCGCGGUGGCGCAACAGGCUAAGACGCAGCAAACUUGCGGUUGCAGUUUGCUGCAGUUGCAGACCGGGGUUCGAUUCUCGGUCCUGCCAAAAGCCAAGUUUGGCCGACUCACGUGGGGCAGCAAUAAUUGGCUCGCUGCUCCAGAGGGAGGGACUUGGCAGGGUUAUUAGAUCGCCGCACAAUAAGCACCUCGGGCGCCUCGGAAUCACGGCAACGGGCAUGAGACGAGACGGCUUGAAGAAGGCGUGUCGUUCUCAUUCGGGCCGCCGAGGGACGGGGUACGGGCGGUACAUCUAAUACGACUACCUCCAAUUGAAUCAGACGAGGUACAAUUGGCUACCAAAUUGGGAGAAAAAGGGAAAAAUCUGGAAAAAAUUUAUUAAAAAUACAAUAUUUAUUUUAAAAAAAAAAGAAAGAAAAAAAGACAAUACAUUAUGUCCCUGGCAAAGAUAUGAGUUGAAUCUUUGGGCAUUUUUGGCUUUCAUACUGCUUAAAAAGGGAGUAAGGUUGUUUUGAAAGAUUGGUUUUUGAACACAAGUGUUUAUUGAUAGUUUCAUGGUGUGCUUUCUGGGCAAUCUCAGGACUGCUUCAAGGUCCACUUGUUUGAUGUUGUUCUAUAAGGUCAAAGAGUAUCUUAAUGUUAUGAGGUUGUCUUUUCAUCGGUGUACAUAAACCCAGACCUCUCCCUGUGUUGUCUGACCUGAACUUCAUGUUGAUUAAAAUAGAAAUUACAGGGUAUUGGGAUGGACUGCGAGUGCUAUUCUCAGUCAUAUUCAUAUUAUGGCAUUGGUCAAAUGAUACUUGGUUCACCUGAAUUAUAAUAAUGUUGCGUGGCAAGAUAUCUUUUAAUUUGGUUGAUGCAAACAUGGACAUGUGUAAAUUGGUGGGUGUAAUAUUGUAUGUAAUCAAGAUAAAUAUUCAGUUUCAAGUUCUCUUACUAGCAUUUACUGAGUGUAGUCCAUUGACUACUUAAUUGGUUUUAAUAUAUUUCUUUGUAGUUCAAUAUUGUGAAUGCUCCAGUAGGCAGGAAAAUGUCUGAAGGCCCAUCCACACCAACAACUAUAACUAUAAUUACUAUAACAAUAAUGAUGUGAGCAUCCACACUGCUUAAUGAUAACAUUCUGUAAUAGUCUCUGGGCUAUGUAAUGGGCAGUGUCAAUGUUGUAGAAUCAUGCAAAUGAAAAAAAAAAAAUGAAAAUUGAAACUGAUUCCUACAAUAAUUUGUCACUGUUGUUGUCGUUAUAGUUGUGGUGUCGACUCCUCCAUCCGAUUUUUUAAAUGAUAUAUAGUCAUUAUAGUUAUCAUUCUUCGUGUGGAUGGGUCUUUUCAGCCAAACUAGAGACAGUGUUCCGACUGAACAGACAGAGCCUGCUAUACUAACAAGGCCACAGAAGCAUCCAAAGGAGCAAAAGUCCAUGGUUUCUGAUGUAUUUUUUACAAGAUUCCAGCAAUAAUUCAAGUAUCAUCUUGUUAAAGUUGUAUGACAUGGGCGUGAUGGAACAGUCAUAGAAGUGGACUGCAAGCCAGUAUGCUAAACGUGACAGGUUUUGAAGUGAAAGGGUUAAACAUUUUUGGGCACUGCUAAUGUCAGGGGGACAGGGAAAAAGGACAGCACAUCAGAGCGUAUCUACUCCUGUAAGGGCUGGUGGUGUGAAGAGUUUUUAUUCACAUUACAGGCUGUGUCUGUGGUCGAUGAUAUGAUACAUUUCAACUUGACCAAGCUCAAUCAAAGCCAUAAUCAUAAAUCUCUGCCUGCAAACCCCGUUACCUCCUGUAGAUGCAUCUACAGGUAUUGGCAUGUCACUAUAAACAACAUUUCAAAACAGGUGUUUGAUAGGCAUCACUUGCUUCUCAUGCCAGAUUUUCAAACAACUGCUGUGCUGUUGUUCUCAAAUCUUUGUGGGAAUUUGGCUUUCCUUAUCUGUAUUUGACUUCAGCAGUGUUUCUAAAUCCGUCUCGCUGUUGCUCUGUCAAGAUAGCCAAUGAAGAUGUCUGAUUAGAUAGACAAGUGAAAGUUUCAGAGCAUUUUGAAAUGUGACCUUUUGAUUUUGAUCUUUAGGAAUGUAACACAUUGCAUUUUCUCUCCUUCCAUGAGCAGAAUUAAUUUGGAGUGCUUAGGCAGACAACUGGAUCAAGGAAUUUGUGUUUCUGCUGGUGUAUGUUUUAAUCUGUAUUCUAUGUGUUCAUGGCUGUAGCCAGUAAGUAAUCCCAAACAAACAAUGAUGUUAGGUCUCCAUUCCACGCAUGCAUGUCAAUAGUAAAAUGUUUCUCUGGCAGCACUCAGUUCAUAGGACAGUUGGGUUGUCAUGUAAUGGUUGCCUCUCUCCUGAUAGGUGGCAGUCUUCUGCAGUGUUAAAGUUUAUGAAGUAAAUCUGCAGAUACAAUGCAUUUAUCAUUGUAACAGGACAUUUGACGGAUACUAACCUUUUGGGAUUUUGGCAUGUUAUAAGGUCAAUGGUGGCUGUUGAGUACUGUUGCUGCUUUUAUUUAAAUGUGAAGUUGUUGAUAACAAUGGAUUAAGGACCUCUUUACCAGGUGAGGGACUCAAUGAUGUCAGAAGACUUCGUCAUGUUCAGAUACAGUGCAGCCUCUCUUUCUAUGCAGUCAGCAAACCAGGGAUCAUCAAAUCACAGUCCUUGUGGGCCCGGAACUGCUGGUUUUUCCCUUUCCCUUUUCCCGAGAGUCAGGUGUGAAGACAGUCUGGCCAAUCAGGAGCACUAAUCAUUCAGUUAAUAACCAGGGAGAAAAGAUAAUGACCAGGGCUGGAUUUGGAUUCGAGGACCAAAUUUGAUGAAUCCUGUACUAAACCAUCACACACCUCAGAGUACUCAGACUCCCACUGUGCCCGGCUCGCGUGCAUUUACUGAAAGGAAGAAUUCCUUCCGUGCGCUUGGAAUGUUUUCCUAAUUCCUUAUGAGAAUUUAUUGUCAUAUAUCUUGCCAUUCUGCUUCGUGUGUGAACUCAUUUGUAACAUCCAAAACAAAGAGCAGAAUUUAUGGCUUCCUCUGGUGUUGUGGGUUUGUGGAAACUCAUGUUCCUCUUUUGAUUCCCAUUGGGCUUGUGCCCAUCUUCAACUCACUGUCCGCCUACUGUCAACUUUCUAUUUUGUUCUACCAAACCUGGAAGGUAUGAUUUCAGGUUGGAUUUGUCACCUGGGAGCAGAUAAAAUAAAUUACCUAUUUUUGGAGGAUUUGACGGUUUCAUUUAAGGCAAUCAUGUCCAUUUCCUGGAGUACCAGAAGCAGUGAGGAGGGGCCUUCUGGGUAAUAGCGAACACACUUUGAUGUUUUUGAAGGAAUUAUCCACAGUAUAUUUCUGAAUGGCUUUUUUGUGAUACGCCAGUACUGUUUUUGUGAGAUUUGUUUGUAGAAUAAAAUUCCUUUGUAAUGUA